UACCUUGACAAUGAAAGUAGACUGAGCGCUUUGGACGAACGUUUAGUAUAAAAACCAGGGCACUUCCAGCAGAAAUUAUUCAGUUGCCAACUUUAACAACAGAAACAUGUACGCCAAGUUGAUCGUCGCUCUUUGCGCUUUGGGCGUCGCCCACGGCAGCGGCCUGUUGGCAGCCGCCCCAGUGGCCUACAGCAGCCACGCCUACGCGCCCGCCGUGUCCUCUGUGUCGUCCUACUCCACACAGACCGCUCACGCCGCGCCCAUCGCCACCUACGCCGCCGCGCCCGCCAUCCACGCCGCCUACGCCGCCCCAGCGGUCUCCGUGCACGCCGCCCCAGCCGUCGCCGUGCACGCCGCUCCCGCCGUCGCCGUGAGCCGCACCAUCGCGCCCGCCGCCACCUCCUACUCUUCCUACUCCUCCACCACCGCACACGGCUCUCCCGUGGCAACCUACGCCGCUGCCCCCGCCUACUCCACGUACGCCGCCGCCGCUCCCGCCGUAGCCGUGCACGCCGCGCCCGCCGUCGCCGUGAGCCGCACCAUUGCCCCCGCCGUGUCGUCCUACUCUUCCUACUCCAGCCAGACCGCGCACGGCGCUAGGGCUAUCGUCGCUCCCGCCGCAUACGCCGCUCCCGUGGCCGCCUACUCCCGCACCUACGCCGCCGCCCCCGUGGCCGCCUACUCCCGCACCUACGCCGCCCCCGCCUACUCCACCUACUCCGCGGCCGCUCCCGCCUACUCCGCGUACUCCACUUACGCCGCUCCCGCGUACUCUAGCUACGCCGCCCCCGCGUACUCCACCUACGCCGCCGCCGCUCCCGUCCUCAGAUCAUCUGUGGCGUACUCUGCUGCCCCCGCCGUCUCCCACAUCUCCUACAACGCUCACGGCGCCAACUACGCUUGGUAAACUGAAUCAAAUUAUAUCAACUUGUUGUGUACAUAGAUGAAAAAUUAAAAAUGUGUUCCUAAAAUUA